UGAAUAAAGGGUAGUUUCGUCAAGUAGACCUCAGAGCGAUAGAUUCCCAGUGCAAAACAAGAGUUCUGUUGAAUUUCAAGUAUUAAGUUUCACCAGUAAGAUACGUAGACUUACCAUAUAGAAAUCCAAAAAUCUCUUGGGACCGAGUUAAAAGAUCGGUCAAGAGGGACUAUUCUGGUCCAACACUGGACCGGUGAUUAGUUUCCCCUAUUUUAUUUGUUCUCUCUCCUCCUUUCUUCCUCGUUGCCGUCCACCUUCCGACCGUUCCUAAUCUCUGAACCCUUUCUUUACCUCUCUACUAAUUCUCUAAGAAACAAUUAUGGAUUCCGUCACGAAAAGCUUCGACCUGGACACCCAAAAGCCCGUUUCCUUCCCCAACGGCACUCUAAAGAAGCAACUUCCCCGCCCCCCGGCGCCGGCGGCGGACGGCCACCACCAGUACCGAGAGUGCCUCCGGAACCACGCCGCCAGCCUAGGCGGGCACGCCGUUGACGGCUGCUGCGAGUUCAUGCCUUCCCCCUCCGCCGACCCAGCCGUCCCCACCUCCCUCACCUGCGCCGCCUGCGGCUGCCACCGCAACUUCCACCGCCGCCUCCCCCUCGACGCCCGCCUCCGCCGCGACGACACCGACCCAGACGACGACGACGACGAGGAGGAGGAGUCGCAGGACGACGACGGGGAGCGGCGCCUCCGCCGCCGCCUCCGGAGCUCCGGUUCCCCGCCCCCCUACUCCUCCGCUCCCCACAUGCUCCUCGCCCUCAGCGGCGCCGGAGCCGGCAGUGACGGGCCUGGGUCCACCCAAACCAUGGCCGCCCCCAUAACGGCGUCUCCGGGGGUCUUUCAGGCGUUGGCGCCGCCGUAUGCGGCGGCGGGGGCGAUGCCGAGGAAGAGGUUCAGAACGAAAUUCAGCGGGGAGCAGAAGGAGAGGAUGCAGGAGAUGUCGGCGCGGCUAGGGUGGAGGAUGCAGAAGAAGGACGAGGCGGUCGUCGAGGAAUUCUGCCGGCAAGUCGGCGUCGAGAGGGGAGUAUUCAGGGUGUGGAUGCAUAACAACAAGCACGCAUAUCUUGGCAGCCCCUCAUCGAGGAGAAGUGAGAUGGGAGGCAGCGGCAGUGGCGGCGGCGGCGGCGGAGCUGGCGGCGACGAGGGGAAUGGCCUUGUCAGCGGCGGCGACACUAGGGGCGGCAACAAUUUAGCUGUGAACGGUUCUCCUUCCUCUUGAACCUCAACGAGAUGCAGCGGUCUUUGAAGAGAAACUAGCUAGGGAGAGUCAUGAAUCAUGUUGCAGCUGCUGUUCUUGUUUUUAAUCUUGUUAGUCAUCUUUUCUUCCAGAACAAUGUUGUUAUUAGCAGUGAAACUCGGUGGUUUUUUGACCUGUCUUGUUAGAUUCCGGUUUUAGAUCUACUGGGAGAAAAUCGAGUGAUGCAUGGCAGAGGAGAGGAGACGGUAGAUAUGAGAGAGAAAUGAUGACCUUCAGUUUUUUUUUUUUUUUUUUUUUUUUUUUUUUUUUUUUUGCCCCCCAUCCUUUUCUUUAAUGGAUAUUUGAUAUGAGGUUUGUCUUC